AUGACCAUUGAAUUUUCCUCAUCGUCGAUCAAUAAAUUGGCAAAUGAUCAAGAGGAAAAAAUUAAUCUCUCCAAUUUUCUUAUGCUUUUUGUUUACAAAAAGACCAAAUCGACCGCUUUGAUUAAAGUGAUCUUUUUCUUGGCGAUUCUCCGACAAGGAGAUUCGCUCUAUCGUUAUGCUAAUUACUAUCUGACCAGCGGCAAUUUAGAUUCAAACGUUAUCCUCGUUUUGGCCUCAUUGGAACAUAUUUACUCGUUUAUUUGUAUACUCGUCGUGUGCAAAUGGGAUUUGAUUGUUGAGUUCGUCGAAAUUUGGUCGAAAACUGAUCUACAAGAUGAUUCGGAGACUCGAAAUUAUAUUAAUCGAAAAAGACGAAAAUUUCGAAUCGUGUUCAUCUUAUUCUGUACUUCGAGUGCAAGUAUAACCGCUUUACUUAAUUUCGAUUUCAAUCGAUUUACUUAUAUUUCCAGUAUCAAGAUGUUUUAUGUUUUUGUGGACAAUUUAAUCCAAUUGAUGUUGAUCAGUAUGAUUAUCGACUUUCUAAGUUUACUUUCGAUUCAUAUUCAAGCAGUUUUUAUUGCAGUCGAUCGUAAAUUGGGACAAUUACCUAACGAAGUUGGUGCUCUGUGUGAAAAGCUCAGAUCAAUUCGACGAUUACAUUAUUAUGGCCGAGAAUUGACUCGACUUGUUGACCUUUUCAUAUUUUAUCUCAUCAUCGGAAUCUAUUGUAUCAUCGUACCGGUCAUUUUGCUUGGACUUUACCGAUUAAUUUAUGAGUCUGAUACGAUACUUGAUCGGUUCACAUCGUUAGGUGUCUUGGUCAUCGGUAUUUCGGCAACAGUUAUCGUUACUUUUAGCGCUGUUGAGAUAAACAAUUUGGCCUCAAAGUGUUUCGAUAAAGUUUACGAGCUUUCGUUUGUCAAUGGAUGCCCAGGCUACUACAAAGAGGUCUCACUGAUGAUGUACCGUAUGGGUCGAUAUGAUAUUGGAAUAAGUUUCGCUAAUCUCUUCAUCAUUUCUUCAUCAUUUGUCACUUCACUUGCGACACUUUGUGUUACCUUUAUAUUGGCAUUUCCGUCAACAUUCAAAACUCAAUAAUGAUUAAAAGAUUAUCAACAAUUAGUUGAUUCUCAGUGUAUUCUCAAGUACCUAAACAAAGAGGCAAUUACAUUAAAACACAAUUAAAGAAGAAAAUUAAAAUCAAAUUAUCACCAUUCAAGAAAUUAAAGUAUUGACUUAAUCCUUAAUUGAUCAAUACAUUAAUCGUAAACUUAAUCGUUACACUAAUAGCUGAUUGUUAAUUUUUUGUUUUGAUUAAAUUGAAAUUGACAUCAAUUUGAUUUCAAGUUAAUUGCUGGAA